GUGAGAGGAAGGAAGAAAGGCUACAGUCGCUGGCAGCCAAUGUGAAGACCGGACUCCGUGCGCUCCUCGCAGCCUCUGCCCGGCCACAUCGAUGUUGUGUCCGCCGCCCGCUCGCCGGGAUCACGAUGAACGCGCAGCUGACCAUGGAGGCGAUCGGCGAGCUGCACGGGGUGAGCCAUGAGCCGGUGCCCGCCCCUGCCGACCUACUGGGCGGCAGUCCCCACGCGCGCAGCUCUGUGGCACACCGUAGCAGCCACCUGCCUCCCGCGCACCCGCGCUCCAUGGGCAUGGCGUCCCUCCUGGACGGCGGCGGCGGAGGCAGCGAUUACCACCAUCACCACCGAGCCCCUGAGCACAGCCUGGCUGGUCCCCUGCACCCCACUAUGACCAUGGCCUGCGAGACUCCCCCAGGUAUGAGCAUGCCCACCACCUACACCACCUUAACCCCUCUUCAGCCGCUGCCGCCCAUCUCCACCGUAUCGGACAAAUUCCCCCACCAUCACCACCACCACCAUCAUCACCACCACCCGCACCACCACCAGCGUCUGGCGGGCAACGUGAGCGGUAGCUUCACACUCAUGCGGGACGAGCGCGGGCUGGCCUCCAUGAAUAACCUCUAUACCCCCUACCACAAGGACGUGGCUGGAAUGGGCCAGAGCCUCUCGCCCCUCUCCGGCUCGGGUCUGGGCAGCAUCCACAACUCCCAGCAAGGGCUUCCCCACUAUGCCCACCCCGGCGCUGCCAUGCCCACCGACAAGAUGCUCACCCCCAACGGCUUCGAAGCCCACCACCCGGCCAUGCUCGGCCGCCACGGGGAGCAGCAUCUCACGCCCACCUCGGCUGGCAUGGUGCCCAUUAAUGGCCUUCCUCCGCACCACCCCCAUGCCCACCUGAACGCCCAGGGCCACGGACAGCUCCUGGGAACGGCCCGAGAGCCCAACCCUUCGGUGACCGGCGCGCAGGUCAGCAAUGGAAGUAAUUCAGGGCAGAUGGAAGAGAUCAAUACCAAAGAGGUGGCGCAGCGUAUCACCACCGAGCUCAAACGCUACAGCAUCCCACAGGCCAUCUUYGCGCAGAGGGUGCUCUGCCGCUCCCAGGGGACCCUCUCGGACCUGCUGCGCAACCCCAAACCCUGGAGCAAACUCAAGUCCGGCCGAGAGACCUUCCGGAGGAUGUGGAAGUGGCUUCAGGAACCGGAGUUCCAGCGAAUGUCCGCGCUCCGCUUAGCAGCAUGCAAAAGGAAAGAGCAAGAACAUGGGAAAGAUAGAGGCAACACACCCAAAAAGCCCAGGUUGGUCUUCACAGAUGUCCAGCGUCGAACUCUACAUGCAAUAUUCAAGGAAAAUAAGCGUCCAUCCAAAGAAUUGCAAAUCACCAUUUCCCAGCAGCUGGGGUUGGAGCUGAGCACGGUCAGCAACUUCUUCAUGAACGCAAGGAGGAGGAGUCUGGACAAGUGGCAGGACGAGGGCAGCUCCAAUUCAGGCAACUCAUCUUCUUCAUCAAGCACUUGUACCAAAGCAUGAAGAAAGAACCACAAACUAAAACCUCGGUGGAAAAGCUUUAAAU